GAAACACGUGAUCUCCAAAGAAGGCGGAAAUAGGUUCCCUCUACCUCCGCAUGCAGAAUUGAGCUCCACGACAAGAUGCAUGUCUCAAUCUUUGAUCUUAACUCAAAGAUUGCAUUGGAAGAAUGCAACACAUGCUGUAACAAGCUGUUCCACUGCCCCAUUUGCCCCAACUUUGACCCCACAGUGAAGGAAAGGAUUGAGAAACACAUGAACCAUCACAUUAGUCAUGGUUUGCCUUACAAAGACAAAAUUUUACUCCGAUGCAGCCUUCAUUGUAGGCCACAGGGACAUUUCCACUGCCCCAUCUGUUCUAGAACAGUCAUGCGCCGUUUGGAUAUGAAGAGGCAUUUACUGUUAUGUGAGGGAUUUAUGGAAAAAGAUCCAAACCCAGAGCCAUGUCUGCCACCCACCUCACCUCCUAAGGACCAUCUUAUUAAGCUACUUUCUUCACCGUCUAUGAAAUCUCUCCUGCAAGUCAUCCCGCAAUCCAAGAAACCGCUUCUGCAAGGUUCGCCAUUUUCUGUGGAGCCUCUACUGCCUGAUGCUGCACCCACUGUGAAGCCUUUUCUGCCAUACGCAGCACCUGGUCCAGCAGCACCUGGUCCAGCGGCACCUGGUCCAGCGGCACCUGGUACAGCGGCACCUGGUCCAGCGGCACCUGGUCCUGCGGCACCUGGUCCUGCGGCACCUGGUCCUGCAGCACCUGGUCCUGUGGCACCUGGUCCAGUUUCUGAUCCACAACCCUCUACAUCUUCGGAUGAACAUUCCUAUUCUCAAGCCUCUGGGCCUGAUGUAACCAUGGCUUAUGGAAAUGCAGUGAAAUGCCCUCACUGUAAUAAUAAUAUUUACAUGCUUAUGUUCAACAAACCUCCCACUUUUAACAUAAAUAACUGAAAAUUGCUUGAUGAAAGUUUAUUAAAUAGUACAGUAAAAAUCAAAGGAGAGAUUGUACAUAUAGUUUUUAUUGCUAUGCCAUGGGUUGAUCUGUAAUUAGGAUUUAUUCUGAGAAGAAACAGAUUUAUCUCUGAAUGAAUCAUAAGCAGAUGACCAGUGGUCAUCCACUGAGAGGCAAGGUCUUUAGAUAAGGGUAGUCUUUGACCCAACAUGCAUUAAUUAAUUAACAUGCAAUUGUUCGUUGUCUUGUUAUUUUGUUUGGUUCUUGUACAUAAAAUGUAAAAAAACUGAAACAUUUUUUACAUAUUUCUUAAAUUGUUUUCAAGUUUAGUUGCAACCUGGGCUAUAUGGACAAAUAAAAUCUAAAAACAUCACUAUCAAUGUUUUUACAUGUCUUAAAUAAAACCAAAAAGCUUAGAAUAGUUAAGAAUCCAAUAAUAUGUUAUUGUGAGAAUGAUUGAAAGGAAUCAUUAGUACAUUAUAUUAAAAAAAAAACAAAAAACUUGUACAAAUAUUUUUUAAUAACAUGUUGACAGUUGAGGGUCAGAUGUUCUCAUCUCAUAAAAGUCAGAUUUAUUAGGAUCGUAUUUUAUUUUUUUAAGUUUUAUCUUAGAAGAUUAAAUAUAAUUUGUUCAUUGAACUUGUUUGAAACAUGCUUAUUUCAUAAAAAACAAGGAUUUCUGAAUUUUAUCAGCAGUCUUUCUCUUAACUAUUUAUGUCUAAUAAAAUAGCAAUAUGCCUGAAAA